AUGACGGUGACGGUCGUUCAGCCGGUGAAUAACGGAAGACCUAAUAUACGCUUGACUCGACGCUCUUCUAGCGCUGUGGAGCGAGCAACGUUGCAGCCACCUCCCGAAGAGAAAAAGGACGGAGGCGACAAGUCCCUACGACCGAGAUUUUUGCAGGAGAGGUCCGCUACGAUCGUGCACAUUCAACCAUCGGUGACCGAUCCAUCUCGAGUCCCCCGAUCCAAGGCUAGUGCGUUCUUGCUUGGAGUACUAGCGAAGUCGAAGGCGGCAGGACCAGGAGCUCUUGGGGGGCUAGGAGACAGUAAACGUGGCGUACUAGAGCCACUUCGGUCUGGUGUGACCAAUACUGUUCACUACGUUCCCCCUCAAGGUGUCGAGAGAGGAAUACCGCUACGAAUGGCUGGGCGACGCAAUAGCCGUCUGUUUAACCGCCAACUUUCCAUUGCGUCCGCAGCAGCAGACGCAGGGUUACCCGACGGAGCGAGAAAACGCCGCGUCAGUGCCAGCCAAGAGCACAUGACAGCAGUUCUUCGAGCUCUACAGGCCAGUAAGCAGCAAGCUCCACAACAACUCGACAUUUUGCACAGUAUUCUGCGCUUCAUCAAUACUAAUGACAGGGAUGAGGACGGCAAACGACCCGUCCUCAAGGAAAUGGUGGAUGUUGGAUUCAUUCCCGAACUGUCGAGUAUCUUACGCGAGUUUCGCUUCAACACGGACGUACAGGUUUGCGCUAUGAGCAUUUUAGCGACCAUAGCGGACGAAUCGCCAGUGUACGCCUACAUGAUGAGCGAGAAGAAUGCAACCGUGCAUGGCACUCAUGAGCGCCUCGUAGUGCUCGCCUCCAAUCUUGCCCAUACCAUCGAGGACUCGAAGCACUCAGUCAACAUCCCAGCUUACCAAGCCGACAAGGCAGCAAGGCUCCGUAGACAAUCCGCCACAUACGCUGACAUGAUCGUCGCAGCAAUCGGCGCCUCAAAGCCGAAAAAGUCGGUGGCUUCCCCGUCACCAAGCAGAUGCUCAACAGCUCGACGUUCAUGUCAUUCGGGGAUCCUAGACACUCAAGAAAUGCGGAGUCGUACUACGCCUUCUAGCGCUCCUCUCCCCGAAAAGAGUGGAUCUGAGCGUGAAUUGAGCCGAUCAGUAGGGAAACAACGGCAGUCGUUUGCGCUUACGGUGGGCCCACCCAAGCUCAGUGCAAAUUACCGCUUGCUCUUCGCACAGAAGUUGAAAAAGUCGGAGGUUCAACCGCUGCAAAAAGUGGAGAAUGAGAAGAUUCAGUCGGUAGAUCGGAGCGACCACCAAGAGCGACGCGAUCGUCCUGCGUCGAGUCCGUCUCGGAAGUCGUUGCCGCUUGAUUUGACCUCGAGAUCGCUAGCCACAGCGAUUUACUCUGGCGGAUCAAUAUUUGUCGAGCCUUCCCCGCUAUCAAAGAGACUGCCACGUCAAGGCAGCUUCAGCGCUGGAGGAGUCCGCAGGAAACUAUGUGCCCCAAAGCGAGUUCAACGGGCCAACACGGAGAAACUACCUCCUACCCAACCAUUAUCUAUGAGAUCAACCGAGACACCUGAAAACUCCGUGCCGUUAGACGUUGAGCCUGUCGGACCAGAGGCCUCGUUAAUCGCAGACAACCCAACAACUACAGCCCGUUCAGUUAAAGAUGCAGAACUAAGCGACGAAGACGAAGAUGAAGGAGAAGAAGUACCGGCCGAAGAGGAGGUUGAGAAAGGAAAGAAGGAGAACGACGAGGAGGAAGACGAUGAAGAAUCGUAUGAAGACGACUUCGAUACUACUGGAGAUGACGAGAACGAAGACAAAGCCAUGCCAAGCCGCAAUGAUAACGACACAAUUGCGUCGGACGGAGAGUUAUUCAACAUGUUACACGAUAUUUCGGCUCAAGACCUUGCCACAACGAUUCAGCGUCAUAUUCGAGGGACAUUAGCUCAGCAAGCAUAUCCUCGACCUGCAUCAUGCGAUGCCAAAACACAAGCGUCAGAAAAGAAAACCCCACGAGCGACUUCAAAUGGAAAAACUGCAAAGAGAGACAGUCGCAUUGAAGAAGCUAAGAGGAAGCAGAUCCCAUUAUCAGCACGAGCUCAUCGCCAACUUCAGAGUCAAGGCAGUACUAGGCGUGACAAGUACUCAAGGAAUGAGAGUAUUCCUCGAACAGCAAGCCGAAUGAGACCUGCGACAGCAAUGUCUUCUCCGCUUAUCACACCGAUCAAGACGAAGGUCCCAAGUGCAAGGAAUAGCGUUCGGCAUCCUAGUCUAGCGACCGACAGCCAGCGCUUAAGCCCCAGCAGAUCCUUGCAGUCUGUAGGGCAUUCAUCACUCAAGCUCUUCUCGUCGAACAGCUUGCACGACAUUGGAGCUGGCAGCACAGAAGUCGCGAAGGAACCUCCCGACCCCGAAGCAUUGAAGCAGAUCCAGACACUGUACGCUGAAGGUCUGCAGCACCAGAAGGAGAACCACCUCGGCCUCGCCAUCGAGUGCUACGAGAAGGCGUUGGCCAUUCCGGGGGGACAGACCUUCGCCUCGAUCCACGUGAAUAUCGGAUCGGCCUUGAUGGCGAAGAGCAAGUUUUCCGAGGCGCUGGAGUUUUUCCAGCAGGCAAAGCGCUUCCAGCCCAACAACGUCAAGGCCAUCUACAACUAUUCGCUGGCGCUGCUGCACCUGGACCGACCGCAAGAAGCGCAGCGACUGGUGAGUCUGGGUGGAUAUGGGGGGGGCUGUCCCUGA